AUGAAAGAACUUGAGACGAAAAUUACCAAUUGGAAGAAAGAGGAAACCAAAUGGAGAGUUGUGGUAGUUCAGAUGGCUGAUGUACAGAAAUAUGGCAUCAUGAAGUUUCUGUCAGAAAAUCCAGUACUAGGCCUGGAUGACAACAUUCUUUAUGUCCAGGUCCAUAUGUUGCCUCCCAUGGCAAAAUCUGACAGAAAAUCGAACAAGAAGACUCUGGUAUUGGACCUGGACGAAACCCUAGUACACUCAACUGUUAAUAAGCCUCUCAAAAGGCACGAUUUUGCCAUUCAAUGUCGGCACCCAGAUGGCACCUCCAUUUACUAUGUUCUGAAACGACCUUGGGUAGAUUUACUGCUGGAUGAACUGAGGAAUCUUUAUGAGAUUGUGGUGUUCACUGCAUCAAACAAAGAGUAUGCAGAUGCUAUUCUGAACAAGCUGGAUCCCCAUGGGAACAUAAUCAGGCACAGACUCUACAGAGAUUCGUGCAUACAAUUACCUGGGCCAAAAUCAAAGCCUGUAAAGGAUUUGUCCACGCUUGGGAGGAACUUGAGAAAGGUGAUAUUUGUUGAUGACAGUUACAGACACCAUUGCCAACAGGAAAAUGCAUUUCCUGUGCGCAGGUUUUUGGAUGACAUGAAUGACACAGAGCUGUUGAGCCUGUUGGGAUUCUGCAAGCGCAUUGCAAACUCGGAAUCAGAUGCCAGGACACUCAUUCUCUCUCACGCAAUUUCCCGCCAUAAUGGCUGUCCUGGGUGGAAUUGA